UCUACCUGGUGUAGAGAGAGACAGAGGGAGAGAGAGAGAGAGAGAGAGAGAGAGAGAAGCAGAGCAAAACAGAGGGCGAUAUAGAAGGAGAAAGAGAUCCUCUCUUUAUCUUUUUUCCUUUUAUUUUCAUUUUUGUUUCUGUUUGGCUCUUCGAGCUAGCUAUGCCCUACUUCCGAAAAGCAGCAGUUCUACCACCAAUCACCAUCACUUGCAUCUUUUUCUCUCAUUUUAGGAGUAGUAGCCAAUCAGAGUAGAGUCUUUCUUGCGUGGGUUAGGGUGUUUGGUUAUGAUUCAAUCUUCUUCUUGAUCGAGCCUGUAAAAACCAAUGCUGGUUUUUCUUCAAUCAUUUGAAAAACCAAGGAUUUGCGUGAUCUGAGAUCAGGCACAACUUCUUUCUGAUUUGGGUCUUCAUUGUUCUUCUUCUUUCUUUCUUGUUUUCCCUCAAGAAGUUGGUUCUUUUUUUCCUCAAGAAAGUUGAGUUUUGCUUCGUUUGUGACCUUUGUUUGUUCGUUUUAGGUUUGGUUGUUUGUGGCGAUGCAGAAAGAUCAAGAGGAGAAGAAUUAUCCCUGCAGGUUCUGCAACAAGAGUUUUCCCACUGGGAAAGCUUUGGGGGGUCACGUAAGGGGUCAUUUGGCUGCAAAUUCAAUCAAAGACGAAGAAAUUCACAAUAAACGCAAUGUGGGUUAUGCGCUGAGAAAAAAGUCUCAGAAAUCUUGGAAAUUUUCAAGCGCCAAUCAUAACUCUGGCUCUGCUUCUUCUAGUACAAUCCACGAGAAUACGUGCAAAGUUUGUGGCAAAGAAUUUGGGUCAAUGAGAGCUCUGUUUGGUCACAUGAGGCAUCACUCAGGAAAAGACAAGAAAGGGUUUCAUUGCAAAGAGUGCGGCCAAGAGCUUCAGUCUUUGAGGGCUCUCACCAGUCAUGUGACAUUGCACCUUGGGGUUCCCAAUGAAUCAAGAACUAGUUCCAGCAACAGUCUGAUUGUAGAGAGCUUAACAUACAAUGAUACCGCGAAUCUGGCUCAGAGAAAGAGAUCGAAGAGAAUGAGGUACAAGAGUACUCCUACUUCUUCAUUUUCUAGCUUCAAUGAAUCUUCUUCUGUGACUGAGAUUGAGGAAGAAGUAGAAGAUGUUGCUAAUUGUUUGAUGAUGUUAUCUAAGGGUGUUGGCAAUUGGGGUAGAUUCAAUUUUGUUUUUACGCAAAAUAAUUUGAUCGGGGAUUCUCCUGGUAAUGUUUCUCUGACUUCUGAGGCUAAAUCAAUCUAUCAAAAUAAAGGAAUCCAGAAGAAUGAAAGUAGUUUUGCUUGUGCUGAUGAUCAGAUUUUCAGGAAGAGGAGACUGAAAGAGAAGUUGGGUUCUAGUGUUCCAGAUUCUUUUAAUGGUAACGGGGAUAAAAAGACUAAGGAAUGGAUUGAAUUUGGUGUUGGAAUUGAGGAGAAGAAGCCUGAACUGGAAGUUCCCAUGGAGAUUUGCAGAGAACUCGAGAUGCCUAAUUUGAAUGAUGAUGAAUCAGGAUUUGUCACGUAUGAUACUGAAAUAGAGAAAAAAGUUCUCAGUGAAAUGAAAUUGAAGGAUUCAGUGAAGUCCAGCUCCUGGAAGGAUGCUGGAUUUGAUUACUAUGAUACUGAAUUGGGAAUAAAUUCUUUCGGAAAGACUUUAUCAAGUUCAGAAUCCGGUAUACUGGAUGAUUCCCGGAAGAAAGCCGAAUUUCAGUGCAGGGUCUGCAAUAAGGUGUUCCACUCUUACCAAGCACUUGGAGGCCACCAAACACUUCACAGACCAAACAAGGCCUGCAUUUCUUUAAAGAUUGAUAAUGAAAAAAAUCUGCAGCUGGAAGUUCUUCCUGAAAUUGAGAUUAGUGGAAAGUUUGAAGCCAUUGAGAAUUCAAUUGGGCAGGAAAUCAAUGGAGGAACUGUGAGAUUAAGGGAAGGUAAAGAGCACAAAUGCCCUGUCUGUUUCAAGCUCUUCACAUCAGGCCAAGCUUUGGGAGGUCACAAGAGAGCUCACCAUUCCAAAAACUCGAAAGCUAGAGGGGAACAAGUCGCGAUGCAGCAAGAUUUUUCCGGUGUCCACAGCGUGCUUGAUCUUAAUCUUCCAGCCAUGGUUGAUGAGGAGGGAAAUGGUGAUGUUUUGGCUUCAAACCAAUGUGGGUUUGAACUUUGAAAUGAAGUCAAACAUGGGGAACUGAGAAAUUCUGAUGCAAGAUCUGCAUUUUCUGUAGUUUCCGAGAUUCAGACAACUAAUACUUGGUUACAGCUUAGUAUUUUCAAGUGGAGCAUUGGUUUGUAAAUUUUGAUGCUGCAAUAGGACAGUUUGGUGCUUUUAUCUUUUUUUCUUUUCUGUUUUGAGGUUUUCUUACAAAGAAAAAUCAAUACAUAGGUAGAGAAUAUGAAGCAAUGUUGUUGCUGAUGUUGACUGAAUUCCUGAAUUUGAUCAAGUUCAUUAGUUGAAGGAACAUAUAAGAAAUUAGU